UCGCUUUCCCUACCUGUUAAAUCAGAGUCGUAGCCUCCAAGGGUGAACAAGGAUUAAACGACAGAAUGUCUAGGGGGUGUGCAGAGCAGCGGUUCCAGCACAGAAGCCGCUCACUAGCUCCUAACCAGUGCGCGAAGGCAGGACAAGGAAAUUAAAGUUCUGGAAAGCACAGCGACUUGGCCCAAGGUCGCGGGACUAGAAGAUGGAGGGACAGGAAUUCGAGCCAGUUAGUCUGCAAAACCAAGCCGCUGCCAUGGCACAGACGCUGCAGAUGGAGAUCCCCAACUUCGGCAACAGCAUCCUCGAGUGCCUAAACGAGCAGCGGUUGCAGGGCCUGUACUGUGAUGUGUCCGUGGUGGUCAAGGGCCAUGCCUUCAAGGCCCACCGUGCUGUGCUGGCCGCCAGCAGCUCCUACUUCCGGGACCUGUUUAACAGCAGCCGCAGCGCGGUGGUGGAGCUGCCGGCGGCCGUGCAGCCGCAGUCCUUCCAGCAGAUCCUCACCUUCUGCUACACCGGGCGGCUGAGCAUGAACAUGGGCGACCAGUUCCUGCUCAUUUACACGGCCGGCUUCCUGCAGAUCCAGGAGAUCAUGGAGAAAGGCACCGAGUUCUUCCUCAAGGUGAGCUCCCCGAGCUGCGACUCCCAAGGCCUGCAUGCUGAGGAGGCCCCGUUGUCAGAGCCGCAGAGCCCUGCGGCGCAGACGUUGGGCUGGCCGGUCUGCAGCACGCCACUGCCCCUGGUAUCACGGGUCAAGACGGAGCAGCAGGAGUCAGACUCCGUGCAGUGCACGCCUGUGGCCAAGCGGCUGUGGGACGGCAGCCAGAAGGAGGCUGGGGUUGGCAGUGGCAGCAACGGCAGUCGCAAGAUGGCCAAGUUCUCCACACUCGACCUGACCACCAGCCGGACACCCCAGCCGGCCCCGGCAGUGGCGGCCGCGGUGGCCGCAGGGGGCAUGGGGAUCAUGCCCAGCACGUCGGAGCGGACCAGCCCUGGCACCUCGAGCGCCUACACCAGUGACAGCCCGGGCUCCUACCACAAUGAGGAGGAUGAGGAGGAGGACGCGGGAGAGGAGGGCACGGACGAACAGUACCGCCAGAUCUGUAACAUGUACACCAUGUACAGCAUGAUGAACGUGGGCCCAACAGUAUACCCUCUCGCCACAGCCGAGAAGAUGGAGUCCCUGCCCGAGCAGGUGACCCCCGAGUCCCGCAGCCGUAUCCGCGUCCGGCAGGACCUGGCCUGUCUCCCUGCAGAGCUCAUCAACCAGAUCGGCAACCGCUGCCACCCCAAGCUCUACGAUGAGGGGGACCCCUCAGAGAAGGUGGAACUCGUGACAGGCACCAACGUGUACAUCACAAGGGCGCAACUCAUGAACUGCCACGUCAGCGCGGGCACACGACACAAGGUCCUGCUGCGCCGGCUCCUGGCCUCCUUCUUUGACCGGAACACACUGGCCAACAGCUGUGGCACCGGCAUCCGGUCCUCCACCAGUGACCCCCGCCGCAAACCGCUGGACAGCCGCGUCCUCCAUGCCGUCAAGUACUACUGCCAGAACUUCGCCCCCAACUUCAAGGAGAGCGAGAUGAAUGCCAUUGCGGCGGACAUGUGUACCAACGCCCGCCGUGUGGUCCGCAAGAGCUGGAUGCCCAAGGCCAAGCCGCCCCUGGCCGAGGGCGAUUCCUAUACCUCCUUCAUCGGGGACACCUGCAAAAUGGAGCCGGACAUGAUGGGCAUGGAGCAGAGCUUUGAGACGGCCAGCCAUGAUGGCGAGGCCGGGCCCUCCGCGUCCGCGGAGGUCCCGGUCCCUCAGUAACGCACGGCGCAGCUGUGGGCUGCCUCCCUCGCACUCCCUGGUCACAAGCUACUGUCUCCCCAUCUCCCCCCCCCCGCGGGGCGCUGCAUGCUCCCGGCCAGCGCUGCCCAGGGCCCCACCCCACCCGCUGGUCCUCUGGUUCCCCGGCUGGGCAGGGGGGCCCCAGGAGCCAGUGCCUGGGUGCACGCAGGGCCUCUCUGCCAUCUCCCAGUGCUUCCAUGUCUCCAAAGCGCCUUCCUGUGUCCCUCACCUGUCCCUGAGCCUGGGGCAGGCAGGCGAGGCUGAGGGGCAGGGGUGGCCAGGGUGCCCCGUGUGCCCUGGGUGGGGUGAGGCUGGUCCUAAGUGAGGGGCUCCUGGGGAGCGACGGGACCUGGGUGCCAAGGUGGGGCCCGGCUGGCUCCAGUGUGUGUGUUGGCGUGUGCAUGUGUAGGUUUGCUUCCGGAGCAGGAGGUAGCAGAGGUGGGGAGACCAGGGCUAGAAUGGGGAGCAGGCCAGGGUGGCACCCUUCCCCAGCACUCCUGCCCCGUGGCAGGGCCCCCAGCCCUUUUCUCCUGUACAUACUUUUUAAGAAUUUUUUUAGUGAAUGAAAUACUGAAGGAUGAGAUUUCCUUUUAUUUUUCAAACCAAUGGGACUGUCCUGGGUCCCCAGGCCGAAGAAGGCAGGACAGGUGGGCAGGCAGAGUGCGUGCAUGGAGCACCAGUGGGUCCGGCCAGCCUCCCAAGGUGUUGGGGUGUCCCAGUCCCAGGCUGUUAGCAGCAGUUGCCUCUCCCUCUGCACUCUUACCCAGUGAGAGUGGUAUGUGAGCCCUGCCCUGGGCUCCCCACUCCGAGGCUCCUCCACCCUGGCCCCAGCCCAGUGUCUGCUCCCCAGGCAGGGCAGGGGUGGGGCCAGUGGGGGCCGGGGGUGCACAUGGCAGCUGGCCUGGGCCCUGCUAGUCUCCCUCCCGAUGUCUGCUUGUUGUGGGGUGGGGGUGUCGGCCCACUUCCUGGGCAUACACCAAUACCUUAGCCCCGGGGGGCCCAGGGUGGGAGGGGGCUCAACACCCCAGCUAAAGCACAAGCAAGCACCUUAGUCCACUCCCCACCCUGCUCCACCCCACCCGCCACAGCGCGAUCCCAAAGCACAAUGUCCUGGUCACUUGGCAAGCAGCUGGCCGAAGGAGCCCCGGCCAGGGGGAGCGGGUAUGCAGGAGCUGGGCCACACGCCCUUGCACCCUUCCCUACAGGACACCUGCGGUUGGAGACUCUAGGAGUGGUUCCUGGCUCCCUGGGGGAAGGGGCACAGGGGAGGAGACUCCUUGCUAGGAGAGCCAAAGACAGGGUUGUGCCUUACCGGGAGCCGCGCCCCGCACCCAGCCCUGCCGCAAGCUGCACGCUCACCCACCCAGGGCACCUGGGCCGGCAGGAUCACUGUCAUCUCCCGGAGGAGCCGAAGACUCCAGGGCGCUCUCCCCAACUCCACUGCCGCCCCACCCUUCUCAGGGGAUAGGUCACCCCAUCCACGUGAAGUGCCAACGCCCUCCCCGUCCCGGGCCGCACCCCCAGUCCCCUUGGCCCGAAGUGAGAUUGCACAUUAACUACUGUAAGGAGGGGGCGGCGUAGGAAAUGUGAACCUGACGGAGAAUAAACAGACGCCUUUGUAACAGC